AUGGCCGUCACUGCCCAGCAGCAGGCCGCCGGCCAGCCUCAGCUGGUCUUCCUCGAUGGCUCCUUUGAGGAGCUCGCCCUCGAGAUGGCGGAGUAUCUCAACAUCGCCAGCGAUAUCCAGCCCCUCAUCGAAAAGGACCAGAAGGAAGAGAUUCUUGCAAAGUUGGCCCAGGCCUCGGGUAGUCUCAAUACCGUCCAAGAAAAGGAAUAUACGGCUGCGUCAAACUUGAUGAUCUACCUCGUACUUCAGUCGCAAGACCCUCGACGAUACCUCCCCGCUCUCUGCAACACCUUCGCCAAGCCCAUCUCCACGUCUCCUCACAACGGCGUCGCCCUAAGCCUCAAUGCCUUGACGACCGUCUUCAACCUUCUCCCCGCCGAAAAUCCCAUCCGAGCCCGUGUGCUGAUGGAGAUCCUCAAAUUUUUGAAGCGUCAUGCCAUGUUCGAUGCGCUAAGGCCCUACCUGCCCCACCUUGAGCAGUGGAACGAGACCUGGGGCACCGACGAAGAGUUCCAGAGGACCAUGUAUGAGGAGGUCGCCGAGAUCGCGUCCGAGGCCGGUUACCCGGAAGAGAGCCACCGAUACAUCAUCAAAGCCCUCCGGUCAUUCGACUCGGAUGACAAGGAAGACCUCUCGUCCGAGGAAGCACAGAAGCUCGCCCUCCGCGCUCUCCGUAACGCCCUGACCUCGUCAUCUCAGUACCUCUUCCAGGAUCUCCGAGGCAUUCCUUGCGUUGAGGCUCUCAGCGACUCCAGCCCAGUAUACUACCAGCUCCUUGAAAUCUUUGCCGAGCAAGACCUUGAAGAUUUCACCGAUUUCAAUGACGAGCACGAUGGCUGGAUUGAGAAGGAGAACUUGGACUAUGAGAAGCUCUACAGGAAGAUGCGUCUAUUGACCUUUGCCAGUCUUGCCGCUGCCACGCCCAGCCGCGAAAUUUCCUACAACAGCAUCGUCAAGGCUCUCAGGAUCCCCGAGGAGGAGGUCGAGAUGUGGACCAUCGAUGCCAUCCGCGCCGGCCUCGUUGAGGGCAAGCUUUCGCAACAGCGCAAGACUUUCCUCGUGCACAAGGUUACCUACCGCGUCUUUGGUACCAAGCAGUGGCAGGAGCUGUCCACCCGCGUCGAUAACUGGAAGACUACUCUGACGACCGUGCUCGAGACCCUUCUUCAGGGACGGGCGGACGCCAAGACCCAACAAGAGAGGGAUGCCCAGGAAAUCGAGAGGAAACUAGCCCAGGCGAGCCUCGGUGGUGGUCAGCAAGGACAAGGAGGCCGCCGUCGUCACGACCAAGGCAAGCAGCAGAAGGAGAGGCCGGCUGAGAAUGCCGAUUAA